UCCCGACCCUCCUCCCCUAAGAAAGAUCCUAUGAACUCCUCUAGACUUCAGUCUCCCAGAAAAGAACCUAAACCCCAGACGAGAUCAGGCGAGACGGAGACUGUGCCCCAGACAAGCGUGGAAGCCACUCUGCAGUCAGAUGUCUACAAACUGGAACGUCUGGUCUUGUUACUAAGGUAACAGCUACUGCAGGACCGUAUGUAAAUGGAGCGAAAUACUAUUUUCCUUUAACGCGUUCAAAGCAAAGUACCUCCUGAAAAAAGUUGUCUUCGGAUAUGUCAGUUGCUGUGGUAUUUCAUGAUAAAGGAAUGAAGUCACAAGCAAUUUCCGAGUUCCAAAAACUCUCACUUUCAAAACGAAGCUAAGGGCGCUCAGUCCAUUUGUCAGAACUGGCCGGCCGGACCAUUGCAGGACCAGUCAGUUUGAAAAUGAAAUCGGCUUUUCCAAGAGUUUUUGUUGAAAAACCAUCUUUUUCGUACAUACCAUUCAGGAUUUGACUGAUCUGGCUGGAUAGUUUCGAUUAAAAGUGAAAUUCUCGUUACGACGGGAAGGGGCUGGCCGGUCAGUUUUGACAAAUGGAAGCGCCCUGUGUUUUAUUUUAGUGCAUGAGAGAAAAACUCUCAUUUUCAUAUCAGUGGCUUCACACAUAGCCUCGCUUUGAAACAGUCUUGGACAACUCGAAAAUGGCCUUUUACAGGUCUUACACACUCUCAAACUAUACCUUAAGUAUCAUCUUUUUAAGUAUAUUGUCUUUAUGAUUUACUGCUUUAUAAAAUUCAGCAUUUAUUAAUAACAAUACAUUUUUCAAUUGCUCCAAUGUGGACUAACGCUCAAUUCAACUUCAACUGCUUGCAGUCCGCCAUUUCCCUUACAAUCCGUCCAGUUCUUAUCCCAGUCAGGGCAAUUGCAAACGAAGUUGCACCCUCGCGUGCAUGGGUGACGCGUGUGGUUACUUUGCAGUGAAAACACAGACUACAGAAGAUCUUUUAAAGACCGCGAUGUACCUUUAAACACUUUUUUCCAAAAAACAUAUUUUUCACCUUUAGUCUCCUUCGAUGACCUUCAAGAAAAAAAUGAAUUCUUCUUCUUUUUUGUAACAUCGUUUACUUACGAAUUGGAGAAUAUAAGAAUUAGACCUAGCAGUCUCUCUUUUUUAUUGGUCCGUCGAGAAAAACUGCCGCUCGACGCUCUCGCGCGCGUGCACUCCCCUCACUAAAUCUGAAGGAAAAGAGAGACUGCUCGCAGUCUAUAAAAGAAUAAAAAUAAGUGACAUUUAAAAAGAAUCCCAAUAGGUUAACUAAAUAAGUGAAAUACAAAAGGGAGGGGCUGGACUUACAAGCACGUGGCCUGCUGGGACCCAGAUCCCUGAAAUAUAGAUUGAUUGUUUUCAAGACGCGAAGCGGCCAAGCUAGGAAAGAGGCUGAAAGUCAAGGAGAUGUGGUACAAGCAUUGAGAAGGGAUCUGGCUGGUGCUGCAGCACGCAUGUCUGAUAUGGCCGGCGCGUUAAGCGAUAAACAGAAACAGAAACUGGAACAAUACGAGGAGAGAAUACUAGAGCAAGACACGGAGCUGGAAGAACAAAGAAAACAGCUCGUGCAGCUGUCUGCAUUGGUGGAUGAACAGCAAAAGGAGAUUAACUCCAGGGAAGACAAACUUAGUGAACAACAAAAGGUAUGUGACAUUUGUAAGAUAUACAACUCUGUUAGUGAGAUUCCUCAUUGGUGGUGAUAUAAGAUCAUGAAUAACCCACAUAUUAUUAUGUUUAAAAUAUCUUGAGUGCUGUCUAGAUCAGGAUAAUAUGAUUCAAGAUCACUCGAGUUGCCAACCGCCGCUUAAUUAGCUCGGUUGGCUUAACGACGGUCUGCCGAGCGGGACGUCGCGGCUUCAAACCCCGGCCGGACCGACACUCGUGGUGGUCUUCAUUGAGGAGAAAAUGCUGCCUUUGUUAUGUCAUCUGCAAAAGGAUAAGGAGAAAAAACCGUUUGCUCUGUAUGUCCUUUUUCACCGUAGUUUUUCUAUUCGAUCGUUGCAACUCAACUGAGAGCCUGAGACUAGUGUUUAUAACUGUUCCUAGGCGUUAGUAAGGCAAAAGCGGGACACGGUUAAGAAGGGAACUGAACUGGUUGAAUACAAAGAACAACUGGCCACAAAAAUUGACGAUUGCUAUUAUUUGACCUCUAUACUUUCACAAGACUUUGUUGUAUGACAAAGAUAAUCAUUUUUGCUCACUUGAAAGAGCUCACGUAUGAUCUAGCAAACUGAAGAGGCUGAAAAUAGGCUUAAAACUGUCGUGGGCCAUUGUAAGAGUGUGUCAUAGAUCCUUCUUUCCCCUUUUAUUUCAAUAAUUUACUAUUCUGCGAAUGAACGUUUACAUGUUGAAAUGCUAUAGCGUGCUCUCCAUGCCGUGAUAGUCUUUUGCGAAAUGCCUUACAUUUGUUUCCUUGUAACAGCUUAGAGUUCGUCAUGAGCAGGCUUCUGCCAGUCUCGCUGAAACCGAUUU